GCCGGUUAGUUUCCUGUAAUGGCGGGCGCAGAAGAACUUUUCUACGAGGUAGAGAGGUUCUUAGAUCUGAGGACUAAUGCUGACACCGGAAGUGUGGAGUACCUAGUGAGAUGGCGAGGCUUCAGUGAGGAGUGGGAUACCUGGGAGCCGGCAAGGAACCUGGGCAACUGCACACGGAAGAUAAAGGCCUUGGAGAAGGACAGGAGACAGAAGGCAAUGGCCACACAGAAGUUGGCAAAGAAGCUGGUCAAGCAAAGUAAGGGUCAGGCGCAGAAAGAUAAAUCUUCCUCUGGGUUAAUGAAAACGACAAAGUCUAAAGGUUCAAAAAGUGAUAAGAAAGUUAAAAAAUUAAGUGUUAAAGAUGGUAGUUUGACGAAGAAGAAAGUUACUAAGAAUAAACCACCAGUUGGUGAUUCAAUGAGUUUGGAUGAUGUGUUCAUAGCAGUGAUAGGUUCAACAAGCACCAAACUUAAGACUCCGGACAAAUCACAGCCCAGUAAUGUGUUAAAAAACCGUAAAAGGUCUUCUAAUACUUCACCCGUCAGAAGUGCAGCUAAGAAAACUAAAGUUGACUAUGUUUUGAAUGAAGAAGUAAGUCAGAAUUCUAAUAAGAAUAAAACUGGCAAAAGUGCAAAGAUGGUGUCAUUUCAUUCACCAAUAAUCACUGAUCUGACACAAAAGUCAAAUGCCACUGAUGAGAAGUCUCCUGUUGUUAAACAGAAAUUGAAAAUAACAAAACCAAUAAACAUGCAAAAAGGCAAAAAGGUUACAGACAAACAUGCAGAAAAUGCUGAACAGCCAAAAAAGAUUAGCACAUCAACAGAAAGCAAAUGGUCCCCUAACCAACCAAAGAAAUGGACUCAAGUAGAUGUUGAGGUGUCGUUUUCAAGUGAUGAUGAUGAUGUAAACCUUGCUGAACUUGCUAAACAAAACCAUUCAGGAAGUGUUCAUAAGCAAAAUUAUAAACAAAAACAUAACAAAACGGGUUUAUCAUCUAAAACAGGCAGCAAAGAGAAACUUGAGCUCAAUAGUUCAUCCAUAGUUAGCAAACAUAUUUCAGGGAGGAAGAAUAAGCGCAAACCCAAGCGAUUAUUUUCAAGAACAAAAGGAUGUCGUGGGAACAGGCAUGGACGCAAAAGCAGGAAAUCUAAGAACGACUCUGAAAGUGAAGUCUUAAACUCUCUCCCAGGUCAAUCAGAAUCUGGAAUCUCUGGAGGUUUAGAUACUGAGUCUGUUGUGAAUGCAUGGUCUAAGUCUAAGAGCAGUGUGGACAAAAAGAAAACUGGCAAAGGUGAAAAGGUGCAAUUAAAAAAGUCAAUGUCAGUGGCAGUAGUUCAAAAGAAGAAAGCUGUUUCAAAGGAAAAGACAAUCAGGCUGCUGGACAGUCUUCAAAAUCAAGCAUCACCCGAGAAGUCAGUGAAGAACGGGAAGGAGUCCAGCCUUCCUCCCACAGUCUCUAAGCCCCUCCUGGCCCAGCCCCAGUGGUUGUUGCCGGGGGAUAAUGGUGCCAUGCCAACCACUGAUCUCCAGGCCAGCUUGCCAAUUAGCCCAGCAUCAAUGUCAUAUAAGGUGUUGUUGGAGAACCUGCCCCACCAGCUUCACCCGCGACGGGGUAAGCCCAGUGAGGAAGAUACUGAGGAUGUGGAACGGCGGGUGAGCGUGCGGGCCAGCGAGUGUGUCUUCAAGUACAAGGAGAUUCUCAUCAAGAAGUGUGCCAAGUACUCCCAGAUCUGGCUACACACUCACACCAAAAUGAAAAAUGCUCUCAGUCCUCUGGUUAUGCAAGAGAUAACCUCAGCCCUGAGUGCUGCCAAGUAUGAUGACAGCACAGUGGUGAUGCUGAGUGGCCUGGGAAAUGUGUUCUGUUCUGGGGUGGACCUGCACUACCUCACUACUGGCGAUAGAAAACUUGCAGCCAAGAAGAUGGCUGAUGCUCUCAGGGAUCUAGUCAGGAGGGUGAUCACAUUCCCUAAGUUACUGGUGGCAGUUGUGACAGGCCCAGCAAUCGGGCUGGGGGCUGCAAUCCUCCCUCUGUGCGACAUUGUGUACGCUAGUGACAAAGCUUCCUUCUACAUGCCAUACGCCCUGCUGUCUCAGACCCCCGAGGGAUGUGCCUCAUACACGCUCCCUGACACAGUCGGCACCGCCAUGGCGAAUGAGUUGCUAAUAGGGGGACGUAAGAUCACAGCUAUCGAGGCUUGCCAGCUUGGUCUCGUGUCUCAGGUUUACUGGCCAACCAGCAUGAUGCAAGAGGUUAUUCCCCGUGUACAGCAGAUGGCCCAACUCUCAGGAAAGGUUCUAGAAACCACAAAACUGCUUAUGCGUUCCCGCCAGAGGGCGAAAGUUGAUCUCACGAAUGAGCAGGAGUGCAAUAUUCUCACAGAAAGAUGGGCGUCCACCGAAUGUCAGAAGGCUAUAGAAAACUUUAUUUCAAACGAGAAGAACUAUGUUCUUUAAUUAUAGUUUUUUGAUUGACUGUGGAUAUAUAUCCUGAUGAUAUGUUAAUGAAUUUUAGCUUUAUAGCUGUAUUCUUAUUUAUUUAAAAUAUAUAUUUUAAGGAAUGAUAGUCUACAAUAAGUUGAACAUACACAUACUACAAGAUAACUACUACUACAGACUAUCUGAAAGAUAACUUAAGAAGAAUGAUGUACAUGUUUCUUUAAAGAUUUAUUUCAUCAUUUAAAGGAAUUAAAGCUGCACUCUCACAGAUUGAACAUUUUGACAACUUUUUUAUUUUUGUCUUUAAACGAGCAAAUUUUUGCGAGAAUCUAUGGAAACCAGUUGUACUAGACUGGUGACAAAAAAUUAGAUCGCAGAUUUUUAUAUUUCAGUUAAAAAAAAGAUGUUUUUGUGCAUUUUUACUUAACCGUUUGCAACAGUUUAAGCCAUAAAACAUCAAUUUUCGAACAGAAAUAUGAAAAUCUACGAUCUAAUAUUUUGUCAGAUGUCUUUUAUCACUGGUUUGCAGAUAUUUAUGCAAAAAUUUGCUCAUUCCACGACAAAAAAAAUAAAGAAGUUGUAAAAACAGUAAAUCAAUUAAAGAAGAUCAGGUGAAUAUAUUUAAUUUUGUGACUAGUAAACCUUUCCAUUGGUUUUAGCAGUAUUAAAUGUUUAUAUCAGAUUCAUUUUAAUUAAAAAAGAUCAGGUGAAUAUAUUUAAUUUUGUGACUAGUAAACCUUUCCAUUGGUUUUAGCAGUAUUGAAUGUUGAUAUCAGAUUCAUUUUAAUAAAAAAAGAUCAGGUGAAUAUAUUUUAUUUUGUGACUAGUAAACCUUUCCAUUGGUUUUAGCAGUAUUGAAUGUUGAUAUCAGGGUGGCUCAGAGUCAAUUCAAUUUUAAGAAGUAAAGUUCAGGUGAAUAUGUUUUGUUUAUAAACUGUCAGUGCAACAAUGAAAUGCCUUAGCUUUUAUAAAGUCAGGUGGAAAUACUUCAUGUUGUUCCAAUUUUCAAACAAUUCCAUUUUUAUCCAAUUGUUCAUAUAUGUUGUGUUCACAUGUACCUACUUAGUCUUAACGUUUGUAGGGGUGGUGCUAGUGCAACAUUGUUGUUAAGCCUUAAGGAAGUUUGUAAAAGAAAAAAGAAUACCACAAAAUGAGACUUUUUGCGAAUGUUUCACAAGUCCAUGGUUAAAUCUUGGAACUGUCUGUAUGAAAAACAAAGCAAUGUUUAAACCUUUCAACAGUUAAACCUGUGUUUGUGUGAUUUGUAAUGGGUCUAAAAAAUUCUGAAAAUGAUGGUGGUAAUAACAUUGCCAUAUAGCUUGGAAGCAUAAUACAAUGUUAAGUUAAAGUAAGAAUUGAGCGAACAUUAUUUUCUAGGGACUUGUUACCAAGUAAAUGUAAAUGUGUUUUUCCGUUUACAUGCUUUAAAGCUGCACUCUCACAGAUUGAAAGUUUUGACAACUUUUUUUAUUUUUUGUCUUGGAACGAGCCAAUUUUUGCGAAAAUCCAUGGAAUCAGUUAUA